AUGAUGGAUCCGCUCAAACGUCUUCGACUAAUAAAGUAUGCAAUUUUACAAACAACUAUGGGUCCAUCACUGAUUUGUGAUUUAUUUGUUUUUAUUUAUUUUAUUCGUCAUUGGCGAAAAGAAAUUCUUAUGAAACCGCAAAAUCAUGUGAUUGCGUGUUUGCUUAUAGCCAGUUUUAUACAGAAAAUUACUGAUUCACCUUUUACUCUAUACUAUCUUCGAUGGGGUAUUGUUGUUCAAGAAACAUACACGUUUUGUGCUAUUUGGAAUUGGUUACAUUAUUCAUUAACGUGUGUAAGUUUACAUCUUUUAACCUGGUAUUGUAUUGAACGACAUUUAUUUAUAUUUCAUAGUCAAAUGAUGAAAAAGAAAUAUUGUUUGAUUCUAUUUCAUUAUAUACCUUUGAUUGUAUGUUCGUUAUAUACACCAGUUUUCUACAUUCGCUACAUAUUUUUUCCACCAAAAUGUGUUAAUGUUUGGUAUUAUACAAUCAUGCUUUGUGUAGCUCCAUGUUAUACAUAUACUGAUAAAUUUUUAAAUUCAUUUGAUUGGUUAUUUCAUUAUGGCAUGCCAAUUUUAAUUAUAAUUUUUGUAAAUUUAUUCCUAAUUUGUCGUAUUAUAUCGCAAAAAGUUAAACGGCAACAACGAAUUCAAUGGAGUCGUCAAAAACGAAUGAUUAUUCAACUUGUAUUCAUUUCUCUUCUUUACUUGAUUUUGAUGGCACCAGGAGUUAUUGUUGGUGUUAUUCAAAUUUUAUGGAUGCGAGAUUUUUUAAGUGAUAUAGAAAAUAAUUAUUUCUAUUAUCUUUUCUCGCUUAUUAAUCAAUUCUUAUCAUUCGCUAUUAUUAGUUCACUGCCUGAAACACGCAAGGAAUUGAAACAAUGGCGAGAUCAUUUGAAAACAUUCUGUCAUCGUGGAAUACGAACACAUUCAGUAUUACCAGGAACGACAGUCAUUGCUGAUAAAUUAAAUAAUGAAGACGAUGAAUUGGAAAUAAUUGAUUUUAUUGGAAGUAAAAUAGAAAAUUUUCUUCCUCAAUUCAUCUUUAAACAUGUGUGGACAUACGAUGAAACACAAAAUGCAUUAUUAAACUCACCAUUUUUUGUUAUACCUACUAAAAUAAUACACAAAAUAUUUAAAUCACUUUCAGUUCAUGAUCUAACAAAUUUUUUAUUAGUUUGUCGAUAUUUUAAAAUGAUUGUUGAUCAAAAUAAAAAAUGGAAAAUAAAAUGUAAUAUAUCAAACGAAUUAGAUUCCGAACUAUAUAAACAAAUUUCUGUUGAUUGGAUUUAUGAAAAAUAUCUUUGGAAUGAAGAAUUAGAAGGAUUUGAAGAAAAAUAUCGAUAUAUGAAAAUGCCUUGGGAAUUAAAAUCUUCAUCUUUUCUUCAAUCAAUAAAUAAUCAAUUAUUUUUCCCUAUAUUUGGAUUUAAUCAACAUCCAAAUUCAUCAUCAAAAAUGUAA